AUGGCCGAGAGGUGGCGGUCUCUGGAAGGUGGUCUGGCGAGGAUCUUUUCGCUCCUGCGGAUAGACUCGGACGCGAGAGACCUAGGGAGGGGUUCUGGAAGCUUCCACGCGUCCGGGACGUCCUUAUCGUCGACGAGGAUGGCGUCUACUGGCGCUGCCGCGGUGUCGAGCUCGGAGAGGAAGACGAAGACGAUGGCCUCCUCUCGCACGAUUUUUGAAGCACUUGAAACGACGACCAGGCCCGCCGCCCCGUGCUUAUUUGCCGAGUGUUGCGAAGGGCUUCGCCGGGCUGGUCGUUGGCCGCCACGGCUACCGAAAGGUCAUGCCGGGUCGAGGAGCAGCGCCAGGACGACGGCCGUCGGCCGAUGCCUCGCGAGGCCUACCGGGAGGAGCAGCACCAAGGACAUAGUCCCGCGUCGGACAGUGCAAGGCUUUGCCGCUGGUUGUUCGCGCUGCUGCUGGCAUACGCCCAAGUUGUGCCUCACGCUGGGAGCAGUCUCCGCCGAUUUGGCGGGUUGGGAGCCGGCUGCGCCUCUUUGUCCGUCUAGGACCCGUCGCCUUUCGCCACGCCGCCGCCAGCAACGGCCCAGAUCAAGAGGAUGCAGGCACGCGGCGCAUCAGCCAUGCUUCGGGCGCGGGUGUCUAACAGGCACAGUCAGACACGUCGAUCUCGAGCUUUGCACGGUGGUGGGCAGGCACAGCCAGGCCAUGGGCGAGAGACGAGCGGUGCCGACCAGAGUAGUGUUUUUGGUUCUGGCCGAGCUGAUUAUCUACCGAGGAUACCUAGACCUUUCCACUCUGGCUGCUGGUUCUGGGUAGGCUACCAUUAAGGUUCAGCUCGCCGUCAUUUGUACAUAUUGAGACGAGUUGAGAUUGUCAUUGCUUUGGGUUGUUCAAUUCUCCGAGGUAGCUGCCCAAUCAUGAUCGACAUGAGAAUUCCCGUGAAUAUUUUUAUUGGAUGCCACAGCAGGGGGUUAAUACAUGGUGGAUUGAGUAUAUAAGUCGAGAUCUAGAAAAGUCUGAUUCCAUUGAACUUCUGAGCCUGUGACGAAUAAAUUUUUUAUCUAUUGGAGAUACCACUGUAGAGAGUGGAACAACUUAUGAGACCAGAAGCAUAAAUUUUCUCCAUGUUAACUUGAUCCUUAGCAUAUUAUUAUCAUAUUUAGCCUUUUGGAAAUUUUCAUUUCAUGUAGUAGUCUUUGUGGUUAUUUCGUAUUAAGCUGACCUAGAAAACCUCACGUCUUGAUCCGAUCAUUUUAUGAUCUGUAACCACGUAGAGCUUAGCGCAAACUCAGUUGCACGAUAUUAUGUCAAUUACUAUUAUUCUAGGCAACAAUGGUGCAUCCUACUGCAUAGGAAACUUAUGGAAAUGUAUAUAUAAACCAGAUUGUACUUCUGGCUGGAUCGUCCUAACUUCAUCCUUGAAGUCUGAACACCAGAUCCAGCUGCGAAUUUAACUUCACCAUCGGUUAUGUGGUCAGUGUUCUACAUUCUAUUAGUGUCCACCCAUUAAUGAGGUAUGUAAUACAACUUAAAGAAAUAUCAGUGCUGAUGCUUCGUUUCCGUGCAGAACAACAUUGUACUCACUUCUGAAUUUGUUUACACAUUUCUUAUCUUUUGAUUUCUAACUCACCUUGGGGCCGCCUUAGUAAUUUUAUAAUAGAGGCUUCUUUUAUUCUUCAACUUGUGGCUACCACAAAGGCGCGGCAUCUCACCAUCCGGUCUCAGGAAGAUCAUGGGCUCGGGCAUUUAUCUUGCUUCCAUAUCGUGAGGGAUGGCUUCACCCUAAAUCUCUGUUUUCCUGAAACUUUAUAUACUCAAAAUAUCCCACUUAUGGUUUAUAGGUCUUUGGAGGCGCUUCUUUAAAUCAUUUGAUUUUCUCCGUCAUGUAAUGCCUAAUAUUAUAGUUAUGACUUAUAAGUCGUUGGAUAUGCAAAUUAUAAACAUUGAUUUUCCUGACGUCCUCUGUUCUCAUGUUAAUGAGAGGUGUAUUUUGGAUAAUUUUCAGGUAAUAAAUGCGUGGGAGCACAAAAGAAAAUUUUGCAUUCCCAUCCUGCUUGCAAAUAUCAUACUGUGCUCAUUAGGUAGUUUGUUUCCAUGGACAACUUCUGGCACGUAGGCUGCAAGUGAUGUUGAGAGAAAGUAAGUCUAUUAAGAGAUAAAUAUAAAAUACAUGUCCCAUGUCUGGAAUUGUUUGGCCUUCCCAAGGUAUGCUCCUACAUAAUUAUAUACGUUGGCAUUUCCAUGAAUUGCCAACCGCAAAGUGUGGCAUGUUCUGGCAAGUUUGAAGUUGGAGUGAUAGUGUUAUUGUAAGAGACAGAAUCCAGCACGAUUAUUGAGGUAUGCUCUAGAAGAAUAAGUCCCUAUUUGUUCCCUGCUCUGCUCCUUGCUUAGUUUUACACAUCGAAUUUAUGUUCUAAAUCCUAAAUUUCAUAGAUGAACUGUUAGUGUUCUUUAUGCAUAUAGUGCAUUUCACAUUUUGUUCCCCUGAACAUUUGUGCGACUUAAGUUGUUCCUCUCUGUACUCAACAAACGUGAAUCGGGCAAAAUUUCUAUAUACCUAGAAGCCUUCAGGUACCCUGCAAUCUAAUUGACUGAUUAGACCUUAGAUUAACAAUACACGGCCUCCACAUUUCUUGUGUGUAUAUAUUUUCUUGGAUUCAGAUAAUUACAAAUGUAAGAAAGCAUGGGAAAGACUUGUAGUUUGCAGGCAUUGCAUUCUGUUUUUGCACUAGGCUCAUAUGUUGCAAUGUACCGUGGCUUGCUAUACAUUGCGUUGCAUGGCUACAAACAAACACGCUUAUUAUUUUUGACUGUACACUACUGAAUAUUCUCUCCCGGUCAAAUUUUCUUCCCUUCAGUGUGUCGUGUCGUAUUUGUCUUCCUUCUGACUGGUGAGUAGAUAUUUACAUAUACCAGUAUUAAUAAUUGAGAUUGGAUUCUUAAUCUAUUCCAGCUACGUCAAUAGGGAAUAAUAUUUUUGAUUAUGUACCACACCAUGCAAAUGGUUCUGUCUGCAUUUUGCGGGAAAAAAUACCGAGGCAGUUGAUAAAUUUGUAUCAGAGAAAUGCUUUGAAGCAUUGAUGUGCUUUGGUAGUGAUUGAUCUGUGUCUUUGGAACUGUUGUUUGCAGUAUUGUGUAGGGACAAAUUACUCGGUGGUUUGACAUAGCCAAGUCACUCGAUCUCAGUAUUGAUUGAGUAAGCGCGUUCUGGAUGUUUGAAGCCAGACACUAAUAA